AUGUUGGGACCACGAAUUCAGUGGCAGUUGAUAAAUGAGGAUCGUAUGAAUAAUGGCGCCUUCUGUGGAACUUACGUCAAUUCCGGCACGUUACACUUUCUUCAUUUUCAAAUAGUGAAACGCUACACAUUUCUGGAUUUUAUACAGGCUGGGACGCAGCUGGAUUUCUCGGUGGCAAUCGAUUUGACCAAAUCCAAUGGGGACCCGCGGAAACCGGAAUCACUGCACUACAUUGGUAAUCCAGAGAAACCGUCACCUUAUGAGUUAGCUAUC